GACCAACGCAUAUCUAAGCCUCUCUCUUCCUUCAUUUCGCACGAUCUCUAUCUGGCAAUGCUGUUUCGAUGGCGACCUCAUUUUCUAUUCAUUGAUGCCACAAAAGUCCUUGGAGAGAAGAACAUCAACCUCGCGUAGGUUCCAAGAAACCGAAACCAUUUAAAAAAUGGGUCUCUGUUUCUCCUCCGCCAAAGUCUCCGGCCGCCGAAACAACAGCCCCCGGAGUCCCAACCCCCUCACCGUCGCUAAACACAGGCCUGCACAAACGCCAUGUUCGUUCUUGGCCGUUACGAUCCAGAAAGACCACAGGACUCAACCGCGACGAUCCCCCGCGACGACCAAGAAAACGCCGCCGCAGACGCAAACGAGACAGACGCCAACGCAGCACGGGAAGGCGAGAGAGAAGGCUGGGAAUAAAGGGAAGAGGCACGGAGAAGCGAUCCCUUACGGUAAGCGCGUCGAUUUCGGGUACGCUAAAGAUUUUGAUAACCGUUACACCAUCGGGAAACUGCUCGGACAUGGUCAGUUCGGUUAUACGUAUGUCGCUACCGACAAAAAGACAGGAGAUCGUGUCGCAGUCAAGAAGAUAGACAAGGCCAAGAUGACGAUUCCGAUAGCGGUGGAAGAUGUGAAGAGAGAGGUGAAGAUACUACAAGCUUUAACUGGUCAUGAAAAUGUUGUUCGGUUUCACAAUGCCUUCGAGGACAAGAACUCUGUUUACAUAGCCAUGGAGUUAUGUGAGGGUGGUGAAUUGCUGGAUCGGAUAUUAGCCAAGAAAGAAAGUCGUUAUAGCGAAAGAGACGCGGCCGUGGUAGUGAGACAAAUGCUGAAAGUUGCAGCUGAGUGUCAUUUGCGUGGUUUGGUUCACAGAGAUAUGAAACCAGAGAAUUUUUUGUUCAAAUCAACUGAAGAAGAUUCACCUCUAAAAGCUACAGACUUCGGUUUAUCAGACUUCAUAAAACCAGGGAAAAAGUUUCAUGAUAUUGUCGGUAGCGCGUAUUACGUAGCACCUGAAGUAUUGAAACGCAGGUCGGGACCUGAAUCAGAUGUGUGGAGUAUCGGUGUUAUAAGUUACAUUCUUCUCUGCGGAAGACGGCCUUUCUGGGACAAGACUGAAGAUGGCAUCUUCAAAGAGGUCUUGAAGAACAAACCUGACUUCAGAAGAAAACCGUGGCCAACCGUUAGCAACAGCGCCAAAGAUUUCGUUAAGAAGUUAUUAGUAAAAGACCCGAGAGCUAGAUUAACAGCUGCACAGGCCCUAUCACAUCCAUGGGUUAGAGAAGGAGGAGAUGCAAGUGAGAUUCCCAUAGACAUAUCUGUUCUCAACAACAUGCGUCAGUUCGUUAAAUUUAGCCGCCUCAAGCAAUUCGCUUUAAGGGCUCUUGCAACAACGCUUGAUGAAGAAGAGUCAGCUGAUCUUAGAGACCAGUUUGAUGCGAUUGAUGUUGAUAAAAAUGGCGCCAUUAGCCUUGACGAGAUGAGGCAGGCUCUUGCAAAAGAUCAUCCUUGGAAGCUUAAGGAUGCACGAGUGGCAGAGAUUCUUCAAGCGAUUGAUAGCAACACAGAUGGAUUUGUGGAUUUUGAAGAGUUCGUUGCUGCUGCGUUACACGUAAAUCAAUUAGAGGAGCAUGAUUCUGAGAAAUGGCAACAGAGAUCAAGAACAGCAUUUGAGAAAUUCGACAUAGAUGGAGAUGGAUUCAUAACAGCAGAGGAACUUCGAAUGCAUACUGGCUUGAAAGGGUCCAUUGAGCCACUUCUUGAAGAAGCAGACAUUGAUAAUGAUGGUAAAAUCAGUCUCCAUGAGUUCCGUAGACUUCUGAGAACUGCAAGUAUCAAAUCAAGAAAUGUUAGAAACCCUCCUGGUUAUCUUAUUUCUCGGAAAGUCUAAAAAGAAGUUUGCAGGCUUAUGGUGAGGAAAAAAAAAACACGAAUCAAGAAAUUUUUUUAUCCCAUAUGUAGAAAAAAAGAUAGGGAUUGCAGUGUUUUCAUGUGUUAUUGUAACAUAUUUUCAUAUAUUUUUUAUAACCAUUGACAAAGAAAUCGAUAUUCAUAUAUAUACAACCAAUUAG